AAUUUAUAAUAUAUUAUUAAAAUUUCAAAAAUUAUUAUUUGUAAGAAUAAAAUACAUCUACCUUGGUUUUUAAAAACAGUUCAAGAGUUGUUUUGGUGCGGUUCCGCAAUAUACUACAUCUUUUUAACCCAAGAUUUGGCCAGGACCCAAAGAUGCCGCCAAAAACGAAGAAGGUCAAAGUCAAGAAGGUAGCCGCUGCUCCAUAUCAAACAACAGCUAAACCUACACCUAAGAAAAUCGUAAAUGUUUUAGUAGAAAAACGACCUAAAAACUUUGGAAUAGGCGCUGAUGUUCAACCAAAACGCGACUUAACACGAUUCGUUCGCUGGCCAAAGUAUGUACGAUUACAACGACAAAAACGAAUUUUGUAUCAAAGGUUGAAAGUUCCACCUUCAAUAAACCAGUUUACUCAAACUUUAGAUCAACAAACAGCUACUCAAUUGUUUAAGUUGUUGCAUAAAUAUCGACCAGAAACUAAAAAAGAAAAAAAAGUAAGGUUGACACAGUUGGCUGAGAAAAAAGCUGCUGGUUCUGCAGAAACCAAAGUCAAAAAACCAAUAACAAUUAAAUAUGGUAUCAAUCACAUUACAAAUUUAGUAGAAAGCAAGAAAGCAGCAUUAGUUGUAAUAGCACACGAUGUUGAUCCUAUUGAGAUCGUUGUUUGGUUACCUGCUCUUUGUCGUAAAAUGGGUGUUCCAUAUUGCAUUGUUAAAGGAAAAGCUAGACUUGGUAAGCUUGUUCACAAAAAAACAGCUACUGCAAUUGCACUCACUACAACACGUCCUGAAGAUAAAUCUUCAUUGGAUAAAGUAUCAGAAGCAGUGAAAACCAAUUACAAUGAAAGAGUUGAUGAAAUUAGAAAACAUUGGGGUGGAGGUGUUAUGGGCAGCAAAAGUCAGGCAAGAGUAGCAAAGUUAGAGCGAAUUAAGGCUAAAGAGCUUAAUGUUAAAUAAAUGCUUGAUAUAAAA